AUGGCCGCACACGUGAAGACGUGUCCGCACACGCGGUGCCACUCAUGCGCUCUACCCGUCCAGCGGUGGGCUCCGGACGCCGAUCACAAUUGCCUACAACUGCUGAAGAAUGCGGUGAAUGAGUGGCCAACGAAGUACGCAAACAUCGAAAGCGAAUGCAAAUCAUUGGCCGAAAAGUGUGUCGAUUUGGAGGCGCGGCUGAAGACAGCGGAGGCCAAGAGUCGUGAGGCGGAGCGUCAAUACCUGCAAGAAUUGGCGGCACUUCUGGCCGCAAAUGGACCCAAAUUGUCGGUCACUCGGGCCGAGUUCGGCACUUACGUGGCCAGCGUUGCCGACAUAGAAGUGGCCGACGAGGGUCUGCGGCUGCGCGACAUACCGGCCAACGGAGCGAACACUCGCCACACGGUUCUCAUACCGUACGCCGAUAUGCGGCGACUGAAGGUAUACUCGAAUUACUCGAUCGCCAACUAUAACGGCCUGUGUGUGGAACCGAUCGCCGGAUCGAUGGCUUCCAUACAACAGUGUCUUCGGUUGGGAAGCGAUUCGCCGAAUCGGCACACAUUUGAUAGCAAUUCCGACGAUCCGAGUAUUUGUGACAUCGAUGUCGAAUUGAGCGCCACUAUCACCGAAUCGAUGGCCGAAGAGUUGUUUAAGCGGUGCCGACGUGUUAACAGUCAGUGCGAGUUUCACAGAUCAGCCAAUCAUCAGCUGAUGUCUCGUUUUGAUUGCGUGGAGAGAGCGCCGGGCGUCGAGACGUUUGACUUGAACCGGGCCUUCGCCGCCGACACCCGGCACCAGAAGGUAGACCUCGGCAUCGGUGCCUACCGGACCGAUGAGGGAAAGCCGUGGGUUCUGCCGGUUGUGCGCAAAGCGGUGGUCGAGAUACUGACCGACGAGUCGCUGGACUACGAAUAUCUCGGUCAGUUAGGCGACGACCUCUUCGCGCAGUCGGCCACUAAACUACUGCUCGGCGACGGGUGUCAGGCCAUCGACGAGCGCCGGGCGUUUGGCAUACAAUGUCUGUCCGGAACGGGCGCUCUCCGGAUCGGCGCCGACUUUCUGUACCGUUCGGCCGGCUUUAAGACUGUCUACAUAUCGGACCCGUCGUGGUGUAAGUCU